GUCACAGCCUCUUUCUCUCACCUCUACUGAAGCACCAUGGCCGAUAAAGCAGAGCUACAAGGUGCGAUUAAAACACAGGGAGAGGUCGUCAGGAAGCUGAAAGCAGAGAAAGCAAGUAAAGAACAGUGACAGGGUUGCUCAUCACUUUUCUCCUGUUCUUCCUGCUUGUUGCCACGGAUACCACCAUCCUCUUCAUCAUUUUCCCAUCAUUGCACACCUGGAAUAUUGCUCCUGUUCGUGGGAUGUCAUUGGAUGAUUCCCUUAUGGUCAUGUGGAUGCACUAUUGGACUCUUUUGGACUGUGUGGUAUUGUGACCUUGAACUUUUCUGUGUGUGUGUUGGGAUUGGACUCUGAUUGCAUAAUGAACACUUUGGGGCUGGUCUUCAUGCGAUUUUGUGCUGGAAUCCGCACUACUCUACAUCUGCGAUCACUGCGCUGCUCUUCUGGGAUGUCUUUAUCACAGAUUGAUGAGGAAGUUGCCAAAUUGUUGGAGCUCAAAGCUCAGCUGGGAGGAGAUGAGGGCAAACACACAUUUGUCCUCAAAACAGCCAAGGGGACCAGGGACUAUAACCCCAAGCAGAUGGCUAUAAGAGAAAAGGUUUUCAACAUCAUCAUCAACUGUUUUAAACGCCAUGGUGCUGAAACCAUCGAUACCCCCGUCUUUGAACUGAAGGACACAUUGACAGGGAAGUAUGGAGAGGACUCCAAACUCAUCUACGAUCUGAAGGACCAGGGUGGAGAACUUUUGUCGCUGAGAUAUGAUCUCACUGUCCCAUUUGCUCGUUAUCUUGCAAUGAACAAAAUCACCAACAUCAAACGUUACCACAUCGCCAAAGUGUACCGCAGAGACAACCCAGCCAUGACGCGCGGUCGAUACAGGGAGUUCUACCAGUGUGAUUUUGACAUUGCAGGUCAGUUUGAUGCCAUGAUCCCUGACGCGGAGUGUCUGAAGAUCGUCUACGAGAUCCUGAGCGAAUUAGAUCUUGGAGAUUUUCUUAUCAAGGUGAAUGACAGACGCAUUCUAGAUGGAAUGUUUGCCGUGUGCGGCGUUCCAGAUGAGAAGUUCCGCACAAUCUGUUCCACAGUGGACAAACUGGACAAGAUGGCCUGGGAGGACGUGAAAAAGGAGAUGAUAAAUGAAAAAGGUCUUUCGGAGGACAUGGCGGAUCAGAUCGGGGAGUAUGUCUGUAUGCAGGGUGGUAUGGACCUGGCUGAUUGUCUGCUUCAGGACCCCAAACUGUCCCAGAGCAAACAGGCGUGUGCUGGACUCACAGAUAUAAAACAACUCUUCAGCUAUUUGCAGAUCUUACAGGUCACAGACAAGGUUGUGUUUGAUCUGAGUCUGGCUCGAGGACUGGACUACUACACUGGAGUGAUAUUUGAAGCGUUGCUCUCCCAGACGGUUCCAGCACCAGUGUCCACACGCGUAGAGCAGAACAUGGCUGCAGCGGGUGAUGAGGCAGGUGUGAGUGUUGGCAGUGUGGCUGGUGGAGGGCGAUACGAUGGUUUGGUGGGCAUGUUUGACCCCAAGGGCAGGAAAGUGCCUUGUGUGGGUGUCAGCAUCGGCAUCGAGAGAAUCUUCUCCAUCAUGGAGCAGAAGGCAGAGGCAUCUUUAGAAAAGGUGCGUACGACUGAAACACAAGUGCUGGUCGCCUCCGCUCAGAAGAACCUUCUAGAAGAGAGAUUCAAACUGAUCAGCGAACUUUGGAACGCAGGAAUCAAGGCCGAAUUUUUAUAUAAGAAAAAUCCUAAGCUGUUGAACCAGCUGCAGCAAUGUGAGGAGAAGGGCAUUCCACUGGUGGCCAUUCUAGGAGAGCAGGAACUGAAAGAUGGAGUUGUCAAACUGCGCAACGUCACCAGCCGAGAAGAGGUAGACGUGCCCAGAGCAGAUCUGGUUGAUGAGAUCAAGAAACGAACCUUGUAGUCUUAAUAGUCACCAUUCAGGCGGAGAAGAGUGGACCCGUUUACCACACGCCAGUCAAAGUUGUCUGUCUGUCAAAAAUGUAUGUUAAGGAAUAAUAUUCAACUCAUUGCCUGCACUUUUAAAAUGUGAUUGGAUUAUAUCAGCCCUCUCAAUAAAUAUGAAUAACUCUACCAAA